AUGUCGCCCAGUCGACGUGUCCCGCUGCUGGUCGCAGCGCCGCUGCUGCUGCUGCUGUGUGUGGGUGCGAGCGCCUACCGCUCACCUGCCGCCUCAUCCCUGCACCGCACGGCGGGCGGCACCACCACGAGCAGCCUCAAGGCAAUUGAGUGGCUGAUGCGCCGUGGAGGCGAGGGCAUGGAGAACCGCCCCGCGUACCUGCUGAUCAAGUACGAGGUGCCCCCGACACUGCACGACCGCUUCAUUGAGGAACUGGAUCGCCACGACAAGGUGUUGCGCGAUGUCAAGGGCCUGAGCUUCUACCAGAAGACCAAGGACAUGGACGACAACGUCAUGUUCUGCAGCUACACGGAGUGGGACACAGUCGGCGACCUGAUGGAUCAUUGCGAGUCCACCGCGUUCAAGGACUUCCACAACUGGGUGGAUGACAACGACAUCCUGGUGGAGAUGUUCCCGUUGGAGGCUCUCGGAGAUGAGAAGCGGGAGUACCGCGCGGAUCGCGAGGGUGAGAAGGCCGCCACCGCCGCCCGUGCUGCCGCCGCCAAGGACCUGGAGCGCCGCCGCCGCCGUGGUCGCGAGAUCGAGGAAUUUGACCCCCGCGAGGAGACCGCCCACUUUGCCAUCCGCUUCCACAUCAUGCCAUCACAGGAGGAGGACUUCCUGAACUUCGUCCAGGAUGUGCAGAAGCGCGUGGUGAAGGAUGAGGACGAGAACCGCUUCUUUGUCCUCCGCAAGUUCGCCACCAUGAACCACCACUACCUGAUUCGCGGCGCCUGGGACACCUUCGAAGGCUACCUGGACCACAUCACCUCCAAGCACUCCAUGAACUUGCGAGGUAGUCAGAUGAGGUACGCGAAGGACAACAACAUCGAGUGGUACGGCAUUCCCUUCCGUGUGCUCUAUACCAGCGAGGAUACCACCGAGUACAAGGGCUUGAAACUAGAGCAGCUCGUUGUGUCUGUACAGGUUGCCUUAAAACAGGGCAUAUGCAUGCCACGGGCGCACUGGCCUGGAGCAGCGGUUGGCUUCGUUGGGUUGACAACGUUGAGUCGUUGGGUUGUUGGUGUGCCGUACACGGCCUUUCGGAAGCUGGUGGGCUGCCGUGCAUAUUGCAACCAUGCCGCCAAGAUCCCCCGCCGAUUCGCGACGGACGUCCCCCUCGCUCAUGUCGCGGUGAGGUACCCCUCCGUCUGUGCGACCCCUAAGCGGCGGCGGCGGCGGCGGCGGCAGGUCCGUCGGCAUCUCCGUAAACUCGAUGCCGUGCUUGUGAAAAACCUCCCGUACGGCAGUUAA